AUGCCAACCAAUCUUGCAACAGCCACGAACGACGAUGGAUUCGAUGACGACUACAGUAUCAUCAAAGAAAAAGCGCACCAAAAGCUACGACGACGACUACUCCCAUCACAAAAACCCGACUGCUGGGUGCUGACGAGCUGGAUCCUAACCUGGUGGAUCCCUACACCUUUCAUGCGAUUGAUCGGCAUCAAGGAUAAGCAAAUACAGCAAGCGUGGCGCGAAAAAGUAUCUUUGGUGAUCAUCAUUAUGAUUUUGUGUGUAUCCGUUGGUUUUCUGACGUUCGGGUUCAAUGCAACCGUCUGUGGCCGACAGCCAACACGCAUCCGACCCACCGGUAUCAAUGAAGAUCAAAUCAUUAUUUCUGGUCGCGUAUUUGACCUGAAAUCGUUCAAACAUGCAACGCCUUAUCCCGGCAUUCCUGCCAGUGGCGAUCUCUUGGAAAUGGGCUAUGGCGGUCGUGAUUUGUCAUUUAUGUUUCAGACUGUCAAUUAUAAUUGCAAAGGCAUUUUCAGACCCAUUGUAGCGGACGAUCCGCGGGGCAAUGUAAUCAACUAUUUCCCGUGCGUGCCCAUUGACAGAAACGAUCCUUUAAAGGUCAAUGCCACCGAUAACCUGAAAAGGGAUGGCUGUCACGUGAGCCCUAAAUCAAGAAAGGCUUUGCGCAAGCUGGAUGUUGUAGGAGACGUUUAUUAUAAUUGGACAGAUAUUCAGCAGCCAGGAACUAGUCUUGUUGCAUUCAAUGGGAAUGUUCUGGAUUUAUCUCGACUUCGGUAUCUUACACCCAAUGUUCCCAUGCCAUAUCAAAUCGCACAAUUCGUUGGACCAGGCAGCGCUUUUAUCGGCCGCGACGCAACGUACUGGCUAAGCACUACAGCGGACCGGUUAAUGAUUGGCAAAUGCUUGACGGAUGUGCUCAAAGUAGGUGUCCUCGACACCCGAUCCACAGGCUGCAUUAUUUCCGAUAUCGUGCUCUGGGUCUCGCUGGCUGUCAUUCUCGGUGUGGUCCUGGUACGGUUUGUCCUGGCGCUGAUCUUCGGCUGGUGCAUAUCAUGGAAAUUGGGCAGCAUUCGUGAAGAAACAGCCGAAGAACGACGGAUACGACAAGACGCUGUGUUACAGUGGGAAAUGAACAAUGUCGAACAAAUGCAUUAUCCAAGACGACGCAGUAUAUCUUCGAUUGAAGAAUCCUUACAUAGUACAACAACACCGAGUGCAGCCACUGGACGGGCAAUGCGCAGAUUCUUCCCGACCACGUCAAGAUUCACUCAACCCAAUUCACCCAGUUAUGGGUCUCGCCACAGUCCUUAUGGGAGUCGAGGUGGCCUGUUUGGUGCGAGCAAUAGUGCCGAUACCAUUCAUCAGAAUAGCAACAACAACAAUAAUAACGCAUACGUGCUAGACUCUCAAUUUUUCAGGGAACUGCAUUCAUUGGGCCGACUGCAGCGCGACGCAGCAGCCGAUGCCUAUGCGCAAAAGGAACACCGAUUCAAUUUCGAUUUGCUGUAUACAUUCAUGGUGGUGACCUGCUACUCUGAAGGCGAAGAAGGCUUACGUACGACACUGGAUUCUCUGGCCAACACCGAGUACCCGGCAUCCCACAAAGUGUUACUGGUGAUCUGCGAUGGUAUCAUUACAGGUUCUGGCAACACAAAAUCAACGCCAGAUAUCGCACUCGACAUGAUGAAAGACGAUCUGUUACCGCGCGAUCAGGUCAAGCCAGUUUCCUAUGUCGCUAUCGCUGACGGCAUGAGACGACACAACAUGGCAAAAGUGUAUGCUGGUUAUUACAAGUAUAACGACGAUCCUUCCAAGGCCCCAGAACCCAAGCCAUUGGAUCAGCAGCAACGUGUGCCCAUGAUCAUUAUUGCCAAAUGUGGCACGCCAGCUGAACGCAAGUCUAAAAAGCCAGGCAAUCGUGGUAAACGUGACAGUCAAGUCAUCUUGAUGAACACGAUGCAAAAGAUAUUUUAUCACGACCGCAUGUGUGAACUCGAGUUUCAGUUUUGUAAAGCCAUCGCCAAGCUGGUGGACAGACAUCCUGCUCGGUUUCAAUGCUGUCUCAUGGUGGAUGCAGAUACAAAGGUUUAUCCGGACUCUUUGGCACGUAUGGUAGCUACCAUGUCCCGCGAUUCAAGAAUCAUGGGCUUGUGUGGUGAGACAAAAAUUGCCAACAAGAGCGAUAGUUGGGUCACGGCGAUCCAAGUGUUUGAAUACUACAUUUCGCAUCACAUGAGCAAGGCUUUCGAAUCAAUCUUUGGUGGCGUUACGUGUCUUCCUGGAUGUUUCUGUAUGUACCGUAUCAUUGCACCGAAAGGCGAACAAUACGUGCCAAUCUUUUGCUCCACCGAUAUCGUCGAAAGCUAUUGCGAAAAUGUCGUAGAUACCUUGCAUAAAAAGAAUCUAUUGUUGCUUGGUGAAGAUCGGUAUCUUACCACAUUGAUGUUGCGCACGUUCCCUAAACGCAAAAUGGUCUUUGUUCCCCAGGCAGUCUGCAAAACGGUUGUGCCAGAUACGUUCCCCGUGUUGUUGUCUCAACGACGUCGAUGGAUCAACUCAACUGUUCACAACCUCCUUGAGCUCGUUCUAAUCCGCGACCUGUGUGGCACCUUUUGUUUCUCCAUGCAAUUCGUUGUAUUUAUGGAACUCGUCGGCACCGUUGUCUUGCCAGCAGCCAUUUCUUUCACGCUCUAUCUGGUCGUCAUUUCCUUCUUUGUCCGUCCUGUACCGAUCAUCCCGCUCUUACUUUUAGCCGCCAUCCUCGGUCUUCCUGCUGUACUGAUUGCUUUGACGACGCGCAAAAUGGUCUAUGUUGGAUGGAUGAUGGUUUAUUUGUGCUCUUUGCCCAUCUGGAACUUUCUGUUGCCGGCCUAUGCUUAUUGGAAUUUUGACGAUUUCUCUUGGGGCGAAACAAGACAAGUACAAGGCAUCACAGGUCAGCACGAAGAUCACAGUAGACGACAAGGCAAGUUCGAUGGCAAGGAUAUUGUGAUGCGCAAGUUUGAAGAAUGGGCAAGACAGGAUAGGCAUGCAACGUCGGAGGAGGCGAGUCAACAUGUUCGCAAUUAUCCAGCCAUUUAUUAUGGCCAUUAA